AUGGCAGAACAACUGCCAAAUGCGCCGUUUCCAGCUCCCCCACCGUUCUACAGCCACUUCACCAAGCCAAACAUAGCUCGUUUGCGCCAGCUUCGCAGAGAGGCGGGCGUCCCAGUAGCACCCAUCGAUGCGACAGCAGAUGCCACUUCCAAGGAGGACAUUGACAUCUUCGCGCUCCCCGUCGAGCUCCGUCACCUGAUCCCGCCAGAGCCCCAGGCUGAUGGAAAGUACACAGUGUUCGGCAACGCGAUCGACCCCGACGCGGCAGAAAGGUCGCUGGCUGAGCGAGAUGUCGAGCAGCUCUACCCAUCCGAUGGCUCUGUCCGCCUCAAUCCUCAACCGCACUUGAUAGGGCUGACGCGGUCUAUGCUCACCACAUUCCUCGCAUUGGCUGGCAUUCUCAGCCAGAACCCAGAGCUCUACGAAGAGAAGGUCAAGGACAUACACACAAUCGCCAUGAAUAUCCACGAGCUGAUUAAUCAAUAUCGACCGCACCAGGCAAGAGAGACGCUCAUUAUGAUGUUGGAGGAGCGGGUUGACAAGAUGAAGAAGGAGAGCCAAGACAUCGACCAGGCGAAAGCGAAGGUGGUCAAGCUGUUGCAAGACAUACAGGAUAUGCAGAGGACGCACGCUCCAAAACACGACGAGCGUAACAUGCGAGAUGGUAUGGUUCAGGUUGCGAGCGUUACGAAGCGGAAAGCGCGACAGCGCGCAGCAUGGGCGACAUUGCGGCAGGAAGUUAUGUGA